AGAAAAAAAUAAGCAGUCUAUCGCCAUGUUUCAGACAGAAGCAUCUGUCAACCGUUUCUAACAGUUUUAUUCAAUGUUGUCUUUGUGAGAGCGUUAACAGAGACACAUUUGUUGUUUAUACUUUGAGAAGAGAGUUACAGUGAAUGGCCAGGAGUGCAGGACGGUGUUUAAACGAGUGUUUUUAAUACAGUAAAAGUGCCACGCAAUGCACCAUGGAGGAGGCCCACCAAAUGUGCAGAGGAAUCUCCAGAGAUCCAAGUCUGUCACUGGAUCUGAGACAGAAGACCAACAGCAGCCACAACAGCAACAAUCGCAGCAACAACAACAGCAGCAACUGCCAAUGGCAGUUACACAACAACAGGCAAAUGCCAAUCAUCCUCAGUCACCGGUGACAUCGUUCGCCCCCUCCGCGAGUCCAUCCGCACCACAGUCUCCAAAUUUACAAAUCUUCAUGAGAGGGAGCCCUGUAACAGGCCAGAACGUGAACAUCACUGUACAAAAUGUUCCUGGGAACCAGCAGAUCACGCUCACCUCUCUGCCUCUGCAGAGCCCAGCAUCCCCUGGCUUUCAGCACCAGCCCCCGCAGUGGAGGUUCGAACCUGGGUCAUCAUCUUACAUACAGGUGACAUCACCCUUGCCUCAGAGUCCCACCCAACACAGUCCAGUCCCCAUGCAGGGGGUGCCCAGACCGGGCGUGUGUGGUCAGAGCCCGACUCGGUUUGUUGAGGCGGGUAUAAUGGUUAGGCAAAUCAGUUUAGGCAGCCCACCCGGAAGUGGCCAUUUUGUGUACCAGGAUGGAACAGGAUUGGCGCAGUUGGCUUCAACCACCGCAGGAACCGUUCAGCUUACCUCUCCGGGGACGCCAGGGGCAAUCCGAGAAAGACGAUUGUCCCAGCCUCACUCUCAAACGGGUGGCACCAUCCACCAUUUAGGACCACAGAGUCCUGUUGCAUCAGGGGCCGCUUUGCCGACUUUGGGCAGCCCCGGGCACAUCACCACCUCUAAUCUACCACCGCAGAUCAGCAGCAUCAUCCAAGGGCAGCUGGCACGACCCAUGAUCUAUGAGAAGAACGCACAGGGCGUGGUGACAGGCGUGGCGGCCCCCGCGACGGCUUCUUUUGGAGUUCCUUCCACCAUCCCUCCUUCCAGCCCAUCACGAAGCAACCCUUCCCAGGGUCUUUCUAACCAGUCGCUGACCCCCACCAGUGUGAAAAAGAUGCAACCGAGAAGGCUGGAGGAGAUCGCCCCCUUAAAUCCAGAAGUGGCGCAGUUGAGGAAGCAGUGCCUGGAACAUCAUGGGAAAAAGAUGGAGAGUCUUAAAGAGGUGUUUAAGGAUUACCUGAUCGAGCUCUUUUUCCUCCAGCACCUGCAGGGAAAUAUGAUGGACUAUCUUGCUUUUAAGAAAAAGCCCUGCGUGCCUCUGUUCACCUACUUGAGGCAAAAUGAUCUUGACCUCGAUGAUGAAGAAGAGGAAGAAGAGCAGUCAGAGGUCAUAAAUGAUGAGGUGAAAGUAGUGACUGGAAAGGACGGACAGACAGUGACUCCUGUUGCUAUAGCUACACAACUCCCACCCAACGUGUCUGCAGCGUUCUCCGCUCCGCAGCAGUUCCAGACCCAUGCAGGGGUGGCAGGUGGCAGCAUCUCCAACCCUGUGGAUAUGGAGACUUUCAAACGGCAACAAGCCAUGGCGCAAGCAGGAGGUAUGCCCCCCACACCACAAACGGUGCAGAUCGGUGGGCAGAAACAGAACCAACAACAAUACGACCCCUCCAAAGGCCCACCUGUCCAAAACGCGGCCAGCCUUCACACGCCACCCCCACAGCUUCCAGGUCGUCUUCCCCCGGGUGGGCUCUCCAUGGUGGGGCUGCCUCUCUCCCUCACCCAAGGUCAGGGUAUGGUGGUCGAGCAGCAGACUCAGACCGCCGGAGGUCAGCUCCAGGCGCAGAUGAAGGCCGUACAGGGUCCUGGAGCUGUGCUGGCUCCGGUCAACCCGCAUGCGCAGCUGCAGGCGCAGCUACAGAUGCAGUCAGGACUCCACUCUCAGUUGCAGCAACAACAGCAAAUGCAGCAUUCAGUCAUGCAGCCUGGCCAACCAACUGUGGCGCUUGCGCGUCCAGGUUUAGACACUUCUCAGCCCACCCAGCGUUUGAUGUCCAAUUCACACUCCACCCCUGCCAUGUCUCCUGCACCCAUCAUAUCUCCUACCUCUCUUCCCUCCCCUUAUCCUUCUGUCCCGGUCCGGACACCCAGUGCCGGUCCCAGUCUCUCCCCUGCUGCCCAGUCCAAACUCGUUACCACGAAUGGAACCACGGGUCUUAAGUUAUCCGGGGUGGCUCAGAGUCCAUUUGGGCAGAACUCGCAGGAAUGCGCUCAGGACAAGCAAGCAGAACAAGCCAAGCUGGAGAGUCACGUUCACCAGCGCAUUGCAGAGCUCCGUAAAGAGGGCCAGUGGUCGGCCAGCCGUUUACCCAAACUUCAGGAGGCCUGCAGACCCAAAUCCCACUGGGACUAUCUGCUGGAGGAGAUGCAGUGGAUGGCUGCUGACUUUGCCCAGGAGAGGCGCUGGAAGAUGGCUGCUGCCAAGAAGCUUGUGCGCACUUGCGCGCGUUACCUUGAAGAGCAGAAGAAGACUGAAGAACGAGAGAAAAGGGAGGAGGAGAUGAGACUGCGAAACAUUGCCAGCACCAUUGCUCGCAGUGUUGACUACUUUUGGUCCAAUAUCGAACAGGUUGUUGAAAUCAAGUUACGGUUCGAGAUCUAUGACAAACAGAAAAAAGUUCAUAGCGUGCUAAAGGCACCAAGCAAAGGGCAAUGUGGUAAGUCAGCCAAGCCAGGAGAGAAGUCAGAUAAAGAAAGUAAAGUGCAGGAGGCCGGUCCAUCCCGCAAGAGAAAAUCGAGCACCUCUCUGUCAGAUGUAGAAGUUGAAGAUGAGGAGAGUACGAUAGAAGAACAGGAGGCUACAGAGGUAGCAGCGGAUCAGAAAGCCGAACUGGCGGUACUGACUAAAGAGGCUGAGGUACCAUUGGAUGAUCUGGUGAAGCAGUAUGCCGGAGCUUAUGCCGAGGGAUUCAAUUGGCCACAGCCCUGCAGCCAAAGUGAGGAUGAAGACAAAGAGGAAGCGGAUGACAUGGAUUCUCCAUUGGACAGUCCACAUGAUGCAGUGUUGAUCGACUCUCUGCUAAGCAUGGAUCAGUACCGCGGGGCUGAGCGAUCAGCUACUGGGGCUAAUGGAAAGCCAACAAAAGAUAUUGCAGAAGUUGCUGCGGCAACAGACCUUAUUUUACCCAAAGGAAGUGCUAGGACUGCUUUAACUGGUAAUUUUUCUCCUCCUGCUCUUCUGCACGGCUCUCUGAGGGACUAUCAGCAGGUUGGUGUGGAGUGGCUGGCAAGCCUCCAUCGCAAAAACCUCAAUGGCAUCCUGGCAGACGAGACCGGACUUGGCAAAACCGUACAGACUGUGGCUUACUUUGCUCAUCUGGCCUGCAACCAAGGUAUCUGGGGACCACACUUGGUGGUGGUGAGAACUUGUAAACUUCUUAACUGGGAGAUGGAGUUUAAACGCUGGUGUCCUGGGCUGAAGAUACUCUUGUACCUCGGAAGCAGAAAGCAGCGCCGAUACAAGAGAUCGAGGUGGUGUGAACCCAACAGCUUCCAUGUGUGUGUGACAUCAUACAAGCUCCUCCUGAAAGAUCACGCCCACUUCCUCAAGAGACGCUGGAGGCACCUGGUCCUGGAUGAAGUUCAGCUCAUCAGGAAUAUGACCGAGAAACACUGGGAAACCAUCUUCAAUAUCAAAAGUCAUCAGAGGAUCCUCUUAAUCAACACACCUCUACAGAACACUCUCAAAGAGUUAUGGACCAUGAUCCACUUCCUCCUUCCUGGAAUCACUCACCCUUACCUCAACUUCCCAGUCAAACCCGGCACUGAUCAGAACCAGGACUACUGCCACAAGCUGGUCAUCCGAUUGCACAGGAUGAUUCAGCCCUUUAUCCUUCGUCGCUCCAAAAGAGAUGUAGAGAAGCAGCUGCCCAAGAAGUAUGAGCACAUUCUGAAGUGCCGUCUGUCCAAGAGGCAGAAAAGCAUGUACGAGGACAUCCUCAUCCAGCCCAGCGCACAGGAGGCCCUAAAGACAGGACAUUUUGUGAGAGUCCUGGAGGUUCUUAUGCAGCUGCAGAGGAUCUGUAACCAUCCAGACCUGAUCCACACCAGAAACACGCACAGCUCUUACAUAUGUCAGCCUCUGCAGUACAACACCCCAUCGUUACUGCUUACUGCUCUGCAGCGGGACCAGUGGAAGACUGUAGAUAUGUCUCUGUUCGAUCUAAUUGGUAAUGAGGGCAAGCUGACCCGUUAUGAGGCCGAGGAGGUUUUUCCCAAACUCCGAAUGACCAAACAACUCAUUGAGGAGAUCUACACCGCACCUGACGCUCCACCUAGACCCAGACAAUGCAAAAUCAAACCUAUGAGAUUGUUCCUACCAGUGCAGUAUGGGACUAAACCAGAGGGACGUCUUGUCCCUAUGACCACCAGCACCACUCACGCCCCGCGUGCCACUGCUGUAACUUCUGCCCCUACCACAACUACUGUUUCCACUACUGCUGCCCCAGGCACACAGCCCAGGGGCAAAUCACCUCUAACCUCCGCCACUUCCACACAAGCCUCAACAACCAACAGCUCACCCGGACCACUCUUAACAGGAACCACCCCUAAUCCCCCCAUUGCCCCUCUGGCAGUGAGUGUGCCAGGGGUCACCACUUUACCCCCUAUACCUGCUGUGGCCCCCCAGGCCCCUGCCGCCCACCCCCUUCAACCCAACUUGGUAUCACAGAGGCUGGUGCUCAGCUCCCAGGCCCAGGCACGCUUGCCUAGUGGAGAUGUAGUGAAGGUUGCUCAGUUGGUCGGGCAGGGCCGUAUUGCCCAGCCAGAGACUCCCGUGACCCUGCAGUUCCAGGGCAACAAGUUUACCUUGUCCCCGAGUCAACUCCGCCAGCUCACCACCGGCCAGCCUCUGCAGCUUCAAGGUACACUCGGUAACAUACUACAGAUUGUGUCGGCCCCCGGACAGCCUCUCCUUAGGCCACAGGCACCGGCCAUGGUGAUGCCCACUGUACCCCAGGCUGUUCCUGUCCAAAACUCCUCAGGCACUCCUCCUGCCACAUCCACACCAGUGCAAGGAAAUGCCGUGGCAAGUACAACAGCUCCAGCCUCCACAGACACGCAUACACAUGGCAAACCUUCAACCAAUGCCACAUCACAAGAGUCGAGCGAGGAAAGGAACAGACAGCUAAAGGAGCGCCUGGCUCGUUUGUUUAACGUAAACGAGUGGCGCUCCUCGCGCUCCGUGCUGUACGGUUCUGACCUGAUCAAGUCCUGCUCUGUUUAUGAGGGACGCCCUCCACCGGCCUUUCCCGCUCCCCAGCAUUCCCGCUGGACCUGGGUGGGAAGAGACAGCUGUCUGAGGGCCAAGCGGACAUGUGUUUCCACUGUGGCUCCGCUCCGUUCUGCUAUCCUCUCUAACGUGGAGCAGCUGGAAGCAGUAGGCACACUGGCGAAGACGUUCUCCUGUCUACUUCCUGCUGCUGUAGCUCCUCCCCCUCAGUUGUACGCAGCCAAUCCUCCACCCUCGUACAGUCUAGCUCAAAAGUCAUUCAGACGACAGCUGCAAGAAGCGUCUGCUCCGCAUAAUGCAGAGAUACGUAGUUUGACCUGUCCUACUGUGGUCAGCUUCCCGGAUGUGCACAUGCUAGAGAUGGAUUCAGGAAAACUGGAGGCUUUGUCCAUCCUGCUCCAGAAGCUGAGUGCUGAGAACAGGCGUGUCCUGAUCUUCACACAAAUGGCCAGCAUGCUGGACAUACUGGAGGCCUUUUUAGACCAUCGGUGCCUAACCUACGUACGACUAGACGAGAGUCUGUCUUUAGAGGAGAAACGGGCACAAGUCAAAAGGUUUAACCGCAACAGACAAAUCUUCUGCACCAUUCUGACCAAUCGCUGCUGUUCGGCCAUGGGUCAAGUGCUUGACGCCGACACCAUUGUGUUCUAUGACACAGACUUGAACCCAAGCAUGGACAUGCGCACGCAGGAGUGGUGCGACAAGAUUGGCCGCUCAAAAGAUAUACACAUCUACAGGCUGGAGAGUGGAAACUCCAUUGAGGAGAAGCUCCUGAAGAAUGGCACUAAGGAUCUUAUACGAGAGGUGGCUGCGCAGGGCAUGGACUACACGCUAGCUUUUUUAACACAGCGCACCAUUCAGGAUCUCUUUGAGGUGGAGGCUGGCUCUGGAGAGAAGGUGGAGGAGUUUGUGGUUCUUCACCAGGAGCCUUCACCAUCCGAAUCCAUUCCUCCUCACGUGGCCAGGCCGUAUAUUCAGGCCCUGAACAGCAUUCGACAGGAGACCCAGCACGGAGAGGACGAAGAGGAGGUAGAAACACAGGAUGAAGGUGAUGAUGAAAAGGGAGAAGAAGAAAAGAUGGAGGUGGAAGAAGGGGGCGUGUCACCGUUGGAAGAGCUGGCAGCUGUUAUGGAUCAGCUGACUCCUAUUGAGAGAUAUGCACUGCAGUAUCUGGAGUACCUGCACAUCAGUGAGGAUGAACAGGUGGUGAAGGAGCGUAUAGAGGCUGCUAAGAGAACCUGGGAACUGCAACAACACCAGAAACUGAAGGUGGAGAGAGAAGAGCAGAUGAUGCUUGAAGAUGAGGAGGAUCUGUUCACAUACACCAGAGAGGAUGCUUACAACAUGGAGUAUGUGUUUGACAACGAGGAUGGACAAACAGAAAUUAUGCCACUGUGGACUCCUCCAACUCCACCACAGGAUGACAACGACAUCUACAUUGACUCUGUAAUCUGCCUCAUGUAUGACACUGCACCCAUGCCAGAGUCCAAACUGCCUCCGGUCUACGUCCGCAAAGAACGCAAGCGGCACAUGGACCCCUCAGCUUCGGGCCGGAAGAAGAAGAAGGGCCACGGUGAAGCUGUGAUUCCUCCACGCUCUCUCUUUGACAAAGCAAGUCUUCUUAAGGUGCGACGAGAGGGCAAAGACCAAAAGAAGAAUUUUUCCCUGAAGCAACAAGCUCCUUUUGCCAAACCUCUGCCCUCGCUGCUUAAACCAGCCAUGGAGGCCGGACAGGACAAUCCUGAGUGGCUCAUCAGUGAGGACUGGGCCCUGCUACAGGCUGUGAAACAGUUACUGGAGCUUCCUCUCAACCUCACCAUUGUGUCUCCGGCUCACACACCUAACUGGGACCUGGUGAGCGACGUGGUCAACUCCUGCAGCAGGAUCUACCGCUCACCCAAACAGUGUCGUAACCGCUACGAGAACGUCAUCAUUCCCAGAGAGGAGGGCAAGCUUAUUUAUGAAGCUAACCCUAAAAAGAACAAGACCAAGAGCAUUUAUAAGUCCAAGAACAGCCGACCUUUACGCACGUGCCAGAUCUACACACAGGACGACAGUGCCACUCAGAUUCAGCUUUACAACAGCCGCUUCGAGCUGAUGAAAAUCAUCGCCAGCAAGAGAAGUCCACCCAUAAAACCACUACUGGGCAUGAAUCCAUUCCAGAAGAACCCCAAGCAUGCGUCUGUGCUGGCUGAGAGUGGAAUAAGCUACGAUAAGCCUUUGCCUCCUAUUCAAGUGGCCUCUCAGAGAGCUGAAAGAAUCGCUAAAGAAAAGAAGGCUUUGGCUGAACAGCAGCGCGCCCAGCAGCAACAGCAGCAAGCCACAGGAGCCGCCCAGCCGCAGGGGACCAACACCCAGUCUCAAGCCCAACCACAGGCCACGGCAGCCGGAGCGCAGGCCACAGGGGUUCCCCAACCCAACCAACCCGGAACUGCAGCAGUCCCAAAUACUGCUGUACUGUCUUCCAAGACCGGUGCUAUCAAGACUGCCGCCGUGGGCACAAGCAUCCAGCCAGCAGCAGCUACAGUGAGUGGGAAUGUGAUUGUAAACACCGUAGCUGGAGUUCCUGCUGCUCAGUACCAGUCGAAGCGUCUGGCCUCUCCUGUCCUAACCAGCCCUGCGGCAGGAACUCCGAUCGCUCAAGUGGUCCACACCCAACAGAGAACAGUGUCUGGAGCAGCUCCUCCGGCAGAGGUUGUCGCCAUAGCGACGGGUCAGGGCGUGAGGGCUGUUACUCCGGUGACCGCAUCAGCAGUAGUGUCCACCAAUCUGACUCCGGGUCAGUGCCAAACACGCUCGCUGAUGGCUCCAGCUAUGCAGUUGUCUCAGGCUAAGCCAGCUCAACUCACACCAGCUCAAAUUCAACUCAUCCGACAGCAACAACAGGCUGGAUCUCCACAGAUCAAAGCAGUGGGAAAGCCACAGCAGGAGCUGUUAAAGCAGAAGCAGAAGUUGAUGUCACAGCAGCAGGUCGCGGCUGCAGUAGCUGCAGCUCAGGGUCAGCAGGCCGCAUCCACGCAGCAGCCUCAGCAAGUGCAGGCAGCCCCAGCAGCUCAGGCCAACCCUCAACUAACUGCAGUAGCACCCAGAGCCGGAGCCGUGAUCGCAGGAACCACUGUUGCUAAUUUACAGGUCGCCAGACUGACACGUGUCCCAACAACAGGACCUAUUCAGUCUCAGCCAGGUCAAACCGCCCAGGUGACACUGACUAAACCACCGUUAGUCUCGGUUCCUACCGUGGUCUCUUCCGCUGGGGUCACUACCCUUCCUGUUACCGUGGCCAACAUCAACCUUGCCAUCGGACAGGCCCAGAAAGCAGGUGGUCAGGUGGUCACCCAUCCCUUCCAGGUGCAGCAUGUUCAGCAGGUGUAUAGACAGAAGCAGCAGGCACCUACACAGAUAGGCGCAGUCCAAAAAGCAGCACAGCCACAGCAAACGCAAGCUGCCGUGCAACAAAAGGCUGCUCAGCCCACAGCACAACAACAGCAGCAGCAAAAAGUGACGUAUGCAGCCGCCCCCCAGCUGCAGCCGGGCAUUAAGACCCAGUUCUUCACCACCUCCAUCGCACAGCAACAGAAACCUGCUGGUGCUGCACAGCAGAUACAGGUUGCUAAGCUUCCUCAAAUAGUACAGCAGCAGAUAGUGUCCUCACCUCAACAGAUCCAGGCACAACCCCAGACGGUGGCCCUGACCCAGGGAGCACCUGCAGCGGGUUCGGCACAGGCCCAGGUGCAGGUCAUCCCCGCCGGAUCCGCACAAGUGGUCCAACAGAAGCUCCUCCAGCAGCAGGUGGUCACGGCAGCAGCCUCCCCUCAAAUCCAGACCCCACCCCCACAGAGCCCGGCCCAGCAGCAGAGCGUCUCGGCGCCCCCUGCGUCUGAAUCUCCGGUGCAGCAGGCCGCCACCCCUCAGCCCCAGCAGGGCAAAGGAAACACCCGCACUGGUGCAGCCAUGCGCUCCAAAACCCCCGCCAAACCUAGCAGCUAAAUGGGCACAACAUCCGUUAAUGUUUUGAGAAGACGACUGACACUUUGUUAUUAAGGAACCAUAGACUUGCUGAAUGCAAGGGCAACACCUUUUUACCGUUACAGACAUCAUUUGAUGUAAAUCUAUCCACAUCUUAAGCUAAUGAAACAUUGCCCAUCGGUCCGUACUGUGAGGCCAAUCUGUUUCUGUCACUUUUUUGGCUUAUUAAGCAGAGUCCCCUCCUAAAGUGUGUACUGCCCAGAAGUAAAGCAUGACAGUUCAGACUGACUUCAUGUUUCAAACACUGUAUAUGACAGCUCAUUUUGUACUGAACUAUAAAAGCUUGCUGUUCUUUUUCUACCACGCUACGUUCUUAAGGUCAUGGAUGAAGUGCGCUUGGAUCUGCAACGCUUUUUGGGGCACCGGGACCUCCAGUAUUUUUUCAUAAUGUUCAGUCAGUCAAGUUAUCUGUGUGUCCUCCAAUGUGCUUCAAUGUUUUAUUUUAAUAGGUAUGGUAUUGUUGUCCCUUGGUUCUUUGUGUAGUUAAAAAAUUAUAACGAUAUAAACCAUGAUUAUGGUUAGUAAGUUUCUGUGAAGUAAAGAUGGCAAACUACCUUAAGUUUGAUUUAUAGCUAUUAAAAGACAAGCUAUUGUGUCAGUCAUUACAAAUGUACCAGUACUACAAAGUGUAU